UAGUUUUAAAUUUGGCGCCGAACCGGGGGGCGGAGCUAACUCCCGCUCUGUACAGCGGGCUCAGCGCUCCCGCUCCCCGGCCGCUGCAGCAUGCCGCUCACUGCUUCAAUCACGGCCGCUGAAAGCUCCUUCCCCUACAAUGAGAUAGUGCUGCUGGCUCCUCUCCUUACAUGAUCAGCACAUUGCUUCAUACUGUAGUUAAUAUUUUAUUCAUCUCUGCUGCUUGACCCAUGCUGAUUAACCAUGUUAAAGGAGAGCCUUAACAAUUCUCGUUUCUCACCCAAAAACUCAGACAACGGUCUACUGAAGGAAUAUAAACUAGAGAUUGAACUGUUAAACAAAGAGUUGGAAAAAGAAAAAUGUAAAGCACAGGAGGCUAGAAAACAGUUUGCCUUUGAACGGAAACGAUGUAAAGAAACAUACGAAAAAGAAAAAAGCAAGCUAGUGGAUGAUCUAAAGUCUAAGUGGGAACAGCAGAGAACUUGUGAGCUGCAGCAGCUGAAGGACACAGUAUUGCGAGAAAGGGAAUUGGAAAUAAAGCAUCUGAUGAGAUGGAAAGAGGAGGAACUGAGAGAGUUUAAGCUAUUUCUGCAGAAGGAAAGGGAUUCUGCAAUAAAACAAGCCAGGGAACUGCAGAGACAGUUAGUUGAUGAAUUGCUAAACAAGCGCUAUGCAAGGAAGUCUAGCAGUGCCAAUAAAAAUGAACAAACGCUCUCUGCUAGCGAAUGCCAGUGUAAACUUCAGGAUGUUCUGUCUAAGCUUAGAUGGGAUUAUGAUAGUGAACAGGCUGCACGUAUUCGCCAUCUCAAAGUGGAACUGGACCUGGAAAGAAAUCUCUUUAUUAAGUACAUUCUGGAUAGCUCUUAUAGCAAUUUAUCUGCUAUUUUACGAAGAAACGAAAAGCGUAUCGACUGUGGAGAAAUUAAAUAUGGGCGUUAUUCUCUUGGUAGCCAGGCUACCAAGCCAUGUUCGCUAGAAAUAGUUCGGCAACGAUCUCUUGAAAUUGUGGGCUCCCAUAAUCGAUAUCCUGAAAGUAUAUUGUUAAGGUCAAGAUCACUUGAUUGUGCAGGAGGUGAAUUCCUGCAUAAUUCAACAGAGAAGUCAUGGAAACUAAGUCCAGAAAGUAUCCUUAUGCCCAGACAGACGGAAUGCCACGAGACUCACACAUUGGAGACCAAUGUUACCUUUUCAGGAGUGAAAAAUGAUUCAACGCAACAACCAGGUUUAGAGGGAGAGCUACCUCAGUUUCCCGAAAAUACAGAGUGUUCUUUUCACAAUGUUUCAACAGUGAUAGAAGAUGACUGUGCAGUAUCACUGGAAGCACUGGAUUGCAACCAAAGUCGUGGUUCAAAUGCUCAAAGUGUUGAUAUUUUACAGCACUGGUCGAAUGUCAGUGACCAUUGUUCAAUGCAAGAUGCAGAAUUACUGAAUGCACUCCGAAAUUUGGAACAGCGUUGCAAAGAUUUGAAAGAAGAGAAUAUCAUAUUGAGAAAAAGCAGCUUUCCAGAGACUGAAGAGAAGGUGAAAAGGCUAAAGAGAAAAAACGCAGAGCUUGCAGUUAUAGCCAAACGCUUGGAGGAAAGAGCUCGUAAACUCCAGGAGGCCAAUCUGAAAAUGGUAAAUACUCCAAUGCACCUUAAGGGAGCCAGUCUGGAACUGUGUAGGAAGGCAUUUGCAUCCCAACGAGCAAAGGAUAUGAGUGACCAGGCCAGUGCUCUGUUGGCAAAAGACAAACAGAUUGAAACUUUGAAACAAGAGUGUCAGGAGCUACAGGUCAAGCUGUCAGCUGGCACGGAUUUUCAAAGUUGGUUGAAGCUGAGUGAUUUUAACCGCCUGUUACACGAGUCUCAGAAGGAAGUUCUACGGUUGCAGAGGCAAAUUGCCAUGAAAUACUUAAAGGAACCCCUUAAUUUGACGAGAUCUGAGUCUCCUAGUUCUCCAACGCCUCCUGAAGUCAUGUGUGUAGACAGAUUGGGUCAUUCAGAUCAUCGCACAGAGGAUUCAGACAAUUCAGUGAUGGCAGCUUCAGUAGAUUCCUGUCAGGAAGUUGAAUUAAGGAGGAAACGGAAAGAAUGCGAAAGCUUAGAGCAAGAAGUAAAGAAGAAGCAGAAGAGAUGUGAAGAAUUGGAAAUCCAGAUUGAGGAGGUUCAAACUAAGAAUGCAUGCCUUGCGGAAGAGAAUUCAAGACUCUGCCUCAAAGUAAAGAGGGCAGCCAAUGUUGAAUCUGAAAAUGCUGACUUGAAGAGACACUUAGCGGAAGUGACUGAGCAACGAGAUUCUGCUCUUAAGGAAAGUCAUCGAUUGCAGAGCAAGCUGGAGAACCUAGAGCAAGUGCUGAAGCACAUGCGAGAUGUGGCGGAGAGAAGGCAACAAUUGGAGAAAGAUCAUGAAGAUGCUGUAGUAGCUCUGCAGAAAAGGAAGGAGGAAGUAAAACGUCUCCAGGAGGCCCAGGUUGAAGCUAAAAAAGAACAUGAAGGAGCAGUUCAGCUUCUGGAGAACACUUUGGAUAGUUUGCAGGCUAAAGUGAAGCUUUUAGAAGAGAAGUGUCGCAGUCAGACAGAGCAGUUUAGUCUUCUGUCUGGGGAGCUAGAGAGAUUUCGUCUACAAACUGGAAACAUUGACCUCCUCACAUCUACCUUGGGGACUUCUGAGCUGCUUCCGCCUCAGUGUUGCUCAACCCCUGGUAUCUCUCCAGUCCAGCAAGAUCGAGGAGAUGAGUUCUCCUCUUGGGAUGUUAUCAGUUGGGUAGAUAUUAGUCUGAUUAACAACAGUGCAAGCUUUAUUUAUCUCUCAAUGGAGGAUGUGAAUGAAUCUGUUCCACUGACAAUAGCUGAAGAGAAGAAAGUUGAAAAGAAACAAUUACCUGAGACACCAGAGCAAAGCCAUGGUGUUAACAAUGUCGAGGUCACAGAUCAUGCAGCUGCCAAAGAACUACAAAAGCCUGAAGUACCACAUAUCUCAUCAAAAUCAGAUUCCACCCAUGAGAGCUCCAAGUCUUGUCCCACACCAGAAGUGGACACUGCGAGUGAAAUGGAGGACUUAGAAGCGGAUAGUGUUUCAUUGAAUCCAGAACCAGAAACUCGUCCCACUGCUAAAUUACAAGUCUUUCUUGCCCGAUAUAGUUACAAUCCGUUUGAUGGGCCCAAUGAAAACCCGGAAGCGGAGCUGCCUCUGACAGCUGGAGAGUACAUUUACAUCUACGGCGGCAUGGAUGAUGAUGGAUUUUAUGAAGGAGAAUUAAUGGAUGGAAGGCGUGGUCUCGUUCCUUCUAACUUUGUGGAGCGUGUGUCUGAUGAUGAUCUGAUAGCAUGUCACCCGGGUGAAAUCAAUGAGCUAUCGCAAAGCUCUGGGCAGGACAUUAGCUUUUUGAGUGGAAGCAGCAUGGAGAGAAGUGAGGAAGAAGAUGACGAGAGCAGCCUCAGUCCAUUGCCAAUGCAAGGAAACAGCGAGGGAGCUGCAGAUGUCUCAGCCGUGCCUUACCCUCGGAAACUGACCCUCAUUAAACAACUUGCCCGUAGCUUAGUGGUGGGAUGGGAGCCUCCUCUUGUAGCAGCAGGCACUGGAAACAUUCUGAGCUAUAAUAUUUAUGUGGAUAACGAACUUCGACAAAAUGUUCGCUGUGGAGGACAAACUAAAGCCUUGAUUGAGAAGAUGGAGCUGAAAACUCGGACUUACCGCAUUUCAGUACAGAGCAUGACAGAGCGGGGCUGCUCAGAUCGGAUGCGGUGCACUAUGUUGGUAGGCUAUGGUUACACACUUGCUCCAACACAGCUACGUGUUCGCAGCCUUUCAGCCACAUCUGCUGAAAUUACAUGGCAGCCAUGUAACAGCAACUAUUCACAUGCCUUGUAUCUAAAUGAAGAAAGCUGUGGCUUGGCCAAGUCAGGGACCUACUGGUAUACAUUUAGCAGCUUGAGGCCCAGCACCAUGUAUAAUGUGAAAGUGGAGGCCCGCCCUCAGCGGAUUCCCUUGGAGUUACCUAUUGAGAGGAGGGAGCCGAAGACCACAGUUAUGCAAUUAACAACUCCCGCUGCAGGUCCUCCAGAUGCCCCACUUGAUGUUCAGGUUGAACUUGGUCCAAAACCUGGUAUUCUACUUGUCACUUGGCUGCCGGUGACAAUUGAUGCUGCAGGGACAUCAAAUGGAGUCAGAGUUAAUGGCUACGCAGUAUAUGCUGAUAAACAGAAGGUACUUGAAGUUUCUUCUCCCACAGCUGGCAGUGUGUUGGUCGGCACAUCUCACUUGCAACUGCUGCAGUUGUCACGGGAAAUAUCUGUUAGAACUAUGUCAGCCAGUGGAGAAUCUGUGGACUCUGUGCCAGCUCAAAUACCCUCUGCCUUGUUAAAAAUCCCUGAUCGUCCUUCCUUAUCACAUAACUUUUCUAACACAAACCCUAAAGCAGCAGUUCAGAAUCUGUGCUCUCAUUCAGAGAAGGUUCCUUCCAUGCCUCUUACUUCAUCUUCUCCCUGCUCAGUUAACAAUCCACCAGCAUCCACUUCCCAGGCCAAUAUUUCCAUCCACAUGAGCUGUAGCACAUGUGACUCCAUAGAAACUGUGCGGACCUUACCACAUCUAAUGAUCUCACCACUUAGUGCUUCCUCCAGUUACUGCCGAGGAUCUUCCAGUUCAGAGCCUUCGGGGGUACAAGUGUCAUACCAGGGUACACAGGAUGGUGUCCCCUCCUCUCUACCUGAACCUGUCAAUCUCCCAUUUCUAGCCAGGACAGUUUAUGACAGCAUGGAAAGAUCUGAAAUGUUGCAAGCAAGGGCGACAGCACUUCAAGACGACAGUCAAAAAUGUUCAAACACCAAAGAACCCGUAAUCUGUGAACAAGCCUUUGCCAGUGGCCUGCCAUUGGGUUCAACUUGGGGCAAAGAGAACACUACAGAAUUAAAAACAACUGCCAAAGAUGACUGCUCGAGGCCAGAGACCGCAUUAUCAGAGGAUGCAGCCACCCCCAGCUGUAACUUGAGCAAUCGGGGAAUCUCCAUUGAAGACUUUCUUGAAGUAGACUGUAAAGAGGACAAGGUAUCAAGUGGGACUCAUUUUAAAUAUGAAGCCGAGGUGGCUGGUGAAUCGUUGUCAGACACACAUUCAAGUGUCACACAUAUUGAUCACAGUCGUAGUUCUAACCUCUCUGACAUCCUGGAGGAAGAAGAGGACGAGGAAGAUGAUCCCCAUGCUAAUCCCAGUGUCAAAAAGUUGGGUCAUCCCUCAUUAAGGGCAGGGGCAGACAGUAAAGGGAAGUUGGACUGUUGUGAGACAGACAGCGAUGAGGAAAUUCUUGAGAGGAUUCUGGAUCUGCCUCUGCAGAAACAUUGCAGUAAGAAACUAUUUAGUAUACCAGAGGUAACUGAAGAAGAAGAUGAAGAGGAGGAGAAUAAUUCUCCACGCAUUAUUUCCAAAACCCUGCUUUGCCACAUGGAGACACAGAAGUACCAAUACAUGAAAGCUCAGGUUGCAUUUCCACAGAAUACCAUAACUGAAGCUUGUGUAAACUUACCCACAGAGACGUGUGGCAAAGAGAUGGCUGCAAACAGCCGCAAAGCGGAAUGUGUCGGUGAAAACUGUGCCUGCCUUGAUCAGGAUUGGCAUCUGAAAUCAAAAAGUUGUGUUUCCUAUUCUUCACCUGACUAUGUGAAGCAGUCUGUUUCUGAAAGCAUUACAUGGAAUGCAAAAAGAGACAACCAUGUAAAUGAAAGAACCCACAGUCUCACAGAGCCAAACCGAAAAAGACAGAAUGACGGCAGGGAGCACUGCAGCCGAUUAUCCCCUAGUUCUAACCAAGCAGGAUUUUACAAUUCCAGAUUCUAUAACCAGAAAGAGCUGGUAGCAAACAGUACAUCUCGGGAAACCUCCACAAUAAGCCGCAAAAGUUUGAAAACCAAGCAAUCUCGACAUUAUCAAAGGCAUCGGCUCGCUGGUCCCACGAACGCUAAAGCAAAAGUUCCUAGUCCUUUCACCACUAACUAUUUAGAAAUUGAUGUAGAAUAUGAUACAGAAGAGGAGGAGGAGCUGUUAUCCCCAGCUCGCUGUGUCUUUCGGACUAAAGUUGAUCUAUGGGAUGACAGCUCUCAGACAGACAGGGAAGGGUGGAGUGAAAGCUCCACCUGCUCUGAGCCUAUCCAGUAUACAAGAAAGAAGAAGGAGGUUAAGAGACCAAUUAAGGUUCAUGCUGUAGAAACAGAAUACGCCAAGGAAUCACAGCCUCGACUCCACGUUGGAAAAAUCUAUGGAACCCAGCAGGGCAGCAAUAGUUUUGAACAAGUUAGCAGAGCAGCAAGUAAUAAAACUCUGAUGACAGCUCGAUGGGCAUAUGCUGAAAAGGAUGAUGUGAAUGAAGACCCAUUGAUGCCAUCAGUGUCCAGUCCAACAGAAAUUGUAGCUUCAGACAGGAAAGCAAGAAAAAGCCGUCUAACUUCAGAUUCUGAAUCAGAUGCAGAACAUUCUACACAGCCAAAUUAUUGUCAGGAAAAUACAUUGGAAAAUAGAGAAAACAUCUCGAAAAAUCAAGAAGGAGAUUCUGUAAGACUAUUUGUGUCCCUUUUUGAUUAUGAUCCGGAGACCAUGUCGCCUAACCCUGAUGCUUAUAUGGAAGAACUUCCCUUCAAAGAAGGACAGAUUUUACAGGUUUUUGGUGAUAAGGAUGCAGAUGGAUUUUAUCAUGGAAAAUAUGACGGAAGGACAGGAUACAUUCCCUGCAACAUGGUUUCUGAAUUACAUAUUCAGAGUGAAGAAGUCAGAAUGCAACUUUUGAGACAGGGUCACCUAUCCUCUACCUCUUUAUUGAAUGAUUUAGAAAUCAGAGCUUUCUCUCCUCCUCCUCAUCCUCCUAUUGCUCAUCCUGGCCACAUCGCCAUCCCUCCUCCAAAACCCCGGCGCUUCAAAAAAGUGCAAACGGCUUCUUCUCAAGAGGAGAAUAAUGCAGCAGAUAAACAUCCGAAGAAAAGAAAUUCUGACAUGAGCAUUUCCAGACCGAUGGUGGCUAUAUUUGAUUAUAAUCCAAAAGAAAGUUCUCCAAACAUGGAUGUUGAGGCAGAGUUGAGUUUUACCGCAGGAGAUGUUAUAACUGUGUUUGGACAAAUGGAUGAAGAUGGAUUUUAUUAUGUGAGUAACAAAGCAACCUGUACUGGUGAACUAAAUGGUCAAAGAGGACUGGUACCAUCUAAUUACUUAGAGCUUUCUCAGACUCAAACUGAAGAAGCAAAUUCUCAAGGAACAGCUCGUAUAAGAGGAGACAAGGAGUUUAGCUUUGAUGUUGACAUUGACCAGCCAUGUUCCCCUCUGAAUGAAUCUAUUUCCAGUGACUCAGCAGUUGAAUCAAAGGAGACAUCCUCCGAAACCACCGAGCUGUAUCAAGGGAUCACCUAUACUAAGAAAAAGAAAAGCUUCUUCUCUAAAGGGAGGAAACUCUUUAAAAAGCUAGGCUCCACGGGAAAGAACUUGUAACUAUGGCCUGGCAUGUCCAAGCUGUCAUACAGCAAUAAUACCACGUCAUCAUAUGGAAACAGUGCGCAGCUUCUGUUCCUUACCGUCCAUCCGCUGGCCCUUCCGGCAUUGGUCAGCAUUGCCACUUGUAAAUAGUAUUUAUUGUUAAAUGGUCUGUGAAAAGAUUCUUAAUGUCUGUGACAGCAAGAUACAACGAUGAAUGUACAUGGAGCGUGUCUGAAAACAUAGUGAGGACGCCAAACUGAUUGUACGCACUGAUGAAAUACAGUAAGAGCUGCAACAGGGAACUUGAAGCCUGGAUUUGGCAAGCGUAUCCCUCUUAUGUGCACUUGAUAAGUGACCAUGCCUUUUAGGACAACAAGGAAUGUUUGCACUGUCUUUUCUCCUCAACUUUUUAUGCCACGUUUUGGGAAGCGAUGCUCAGAAAAUAGUAUUUCUGGCCCAGCUCCUCAACUCUAUAUGGGAGAGAAUAAACGCCAAACUAGCAACCUCAGUGAGACUUGAUAGCGCUUACCCUUUUUAAGGAAAAUAGCUUUGUUAUGUUGUGUGCAUGUUGGAAAAAAAAUCUGAAUGUUCCUUUGCCUUAUUUUAUCUGGUUAAACAUUUUACUUGUUUACAAAUGUUCUACUGCUGCGAGCAGAUAAGUAAGAUGUUGCUUUGAAGACAGUGAUGUAUACAUAGCGACUUGGAGAGUGUUUUAUUCUAUUGUCCAUUUUGUUAUUAUCCCCUCCCAACAUCAGAGCCAUUAUUCUAUGUAAUUGUGACCAGCAUUUUUCAUGUUAUUUUUUGUGCAUGUUUGAAACAAGAAAAAAAACAUUGUUUUGAAGGUUUGUGUUUCUGCCCACAAAAUGUUUGGAAAUGUUAAGUGACACCCAUUGGUGUUACACCAUGUUCAUUGUUUACAAACGCAAAUACAUUUUAUUAUAAUAAAGUAUAUUUUCACUACA